GUGGGUGGCUGAGCCGCCAAGGACCGGGGCCCGGACCAGCCCCUGAGCCCGGCUGGGCCCCCCGCCCCGGAAGCCCGGGCUCCACCCCUUCCGCCCUGCGGAUGCUCGGUAUCUUAGAGAUUCGCAGUUUGUUCUCGAAAUAAUUGGUAAUAAGGCCUGUGUAGCCAUGGCUAGUUCUGACGUGAAACCAAAAUCAAUAAGUCGUGCCAAAAAAUGGUCAGAAGAGAUAGAAAAUUUGUACAGAUUUCAACAAGCAGGAUAUCGGGAUGAAAUUGAAUAUAAACAAGUGAAACAAGUAUCUAUGGUAGAUCGAUGGCCAGAGACAGGCUAUGUGAAGAAACUUCAGAGAAGGGACAAUACUUUUUAUUACUACAACAAACAGAGGGAAUGUGAUGACAAAGAAGUUCACAAAGUGAAAAUUUAUGCUUACUAACUUUUCUUUGUAUCACUUGACAAUUUUUCAUUGUUUGUAUUCUACAUCAUGUAAAUGUUUGUCAUUUUACAAAAUAAUUCCAAAUGCAGUCUUCCAUUUAAAGUUUUGAAACACAGAAACCAUGCAACUUGUUAUCUGCUAAUCAUCCUGUCCUGUUCUAAAAUGUAACUGCAGAAGUAUUAAACUUGUUCCCUUGUUGCUCCAUCCUC